CCAUUUGUGUCUGACUCUUGGGGUUGGUGCUCAUCUCCAUUUCUAAGCCGAAGAGCCAGCGUUGUCCGUAGACACCUCCAAGGUCAUGUGGCCGGCAUGACUGCAUGGAGCGCUGUUAUCUAGAUACCCUUCUCUAAAUUGCAAACUGAAGACAAGGUAGACCUCUCCCUUGUGCCACGAGUCAUCUGAACACUCAAACAGAGACAGGAUUAUAAAGAAAUAAGUUUGCAUAAGCAUCGUCAAGUAUGACCAGUCACUGAGCCUUAAUUUUUCUUUCCCACAUACAAGCUUCCAUCCCAAAUCAAGCACCCAGCCCUCCCUAUCCGGCAAAUUUGGUCCCUGGCUUGGCAGUAGGACCAAAGAGUUUCCUUCUGCCACAGAGCAACGGGUGGUUCCUGCCAGCAUUGUCAGCUCUUCAAACAAAAAGUCAAGGGAGAAGCGUGCGUCUGUGUUCGCCCCUCCCUAAAAAGAGACCUUUCACCCCUUCAAUAAUUACAUCUGGAAAUGGGAGGGGUGAACAGCCUCCAGUACAAAGCCUUUGCAAGAGCAGUUGUCUGGAUGACAGACGGAGACAGAGUGAAGUCUGAAUAGGGUGUCCCUGCAAGUCACAGAAAGUGGCCCCUGGGUGCCCCUUUCAAGAGGACGACUCGGCCUUUCUCCAAACUCUCCAAGAUACUCGAAUCGAACUCCUGCUCCAACUGGAUCUGGAUUUGCCUCUGGCAUCCCAUUCUUCUGGCAUCUCAUUCUUUCUUAUUCUGCAUCUGAGGUAAAGCUGCUCCAGAAAGAUGGCUCACAACCCACAAGUCAACAUCACAAUGACGGAGUCCAAUACAAACGGUGUUCCAGGCAGGAAGUUGUCUACCAGGAGCUCAAUGAGGGCCACCACCGUGACUUUUCACAACAUCUACUACAGAGUGAAGAUGAAGAGUGGUUUGAUCUGUUGUCGAAAAACAGUCGAGAAAGACAUUCUGAAGGAUAUCAAUGGCAUAAUGAGACCUGGUUUGAAUGCAAUCCUGGGGCCAACUGGCAGUGGCAAAUCUUCUCUUCUGGACAUUUUAGCUGCAAGGAAAGAUCCUCAUGGCCUGAGCGGAGAUGUUCUCAUCAAUGGUGCUCCUCAGCCGGCCAAUUUCAAGUGCAUGUCUGGAUAUGUAGUACAGGAUGACGUGGUGAUGGGGACCUUGACUGUGAGAGAGAACCUUCAAUUCUCAGCAGCCCUCCGACUGUCAAAAACUGUGAGGCAGAGAGAAAAGAAUGAAAGGAUUGACCAGAUCCUGAAUGAUCUGGGCUUGACAAAAGUGGCAGAUUCUAAGGUUGGAACCCAGUUUAUUCGUGGCGUGUCAGGGGGAGAGAGGAAAAGAACUAAUAUAGGAAUGGAGCUCAUCACCGACCCUGCCGUCUUGUUCUUAGAUGAGCCAACCACUGGACUGGAUGCCAGCACAGCCAAUGCGGUGCUGUUGCUCCUCAAAAGGAUGUCAAAGCAGGGAAAAACAAUAAUCUUUUCCAUCCAUCAGCCUCGAUACUCCAUCUUCAGACUAUUUGAUCAAUUGACUUUGCUGGCUGCAGGAAGAAUGCUGUAUCAUGGGCCUGCUCAGAAUGCCCUGGAUUACUUCAAAUCCAUUGGUUACGAAUGUGAACCAUACAACAAUCCCACUGAUUUCUUUCUGGAUGUCAUUAAUGGAGACUCGACAGCGGUGACUUCAAACAAGAGCGAGGAAAUUGAUAUAGAUAACAUUGAUGAGCACCUUGAUCGUGAUAAGUCAUUGGCAGAUCAGUUAGCGGAGACAUAUGCCAGCUCAAAUUACUAUCGAGAAACAAAAGCUGAGCUAGAAAAGUUAUCUUUCUCAACAAGCAAAAGAGAGACCACAUUCCGACAGAUCACCUAUACCACAUCCUUCUGCCACCAGCUCAAGUGGGUCUCCAAAAGGACUUUCAAAAAUUUGCUAGGCAACCCACAAGCUUCUAUAGCACAGCUGUGUGUCACCAUUUUCCUGGGGCUGGUCGUAGGUGCCAUAUUCUUUGAUGCCAAAUAUAACUCUAGUGGUAUGCAGAACAGAGUUGGUGCCAUGUUCUUUUUGACCACCAACCAGUGCUUCAGCAGCAUCUCUGCCAUUGAACUGUUUAUUGUGGAGAAGAAAAUAUUUAUUCAUGAAUACAUCAGUGGAUACUACCGAAUUUCUGCGUAUUUCUUUUCAAAACUAAUGGCUGAUUUAAUACCCAUGAGAACUUUGCCAAGCAUCAUCUUCACAUGCAUUGUUUAUUUCAUGAUAGGUUUUAAACCAACAGCAUCAGCCUUCUUUAUAAUGAUGUUUACCAUGAUGAUGGUCUCCUACACAGCUACUUCGAUGGCACUUGCGAUUGCUGCAGGGCAAAGUGUGGUGUCUGUGGCUAAUCUGCUCAUGACCAUUGCCUUUGUUUUUAUGAUUAUUUUCUCUGGGUUGUUGGUAAACCUCACCAGUAUCCUGCCCUGGCUUUCUUGGCUCCAGUAUUUCAGCAUUCCUCGAUAUGGCAUGACUGCACUCCAGAUUAAUGAAUUUACUGGUCUUGAUUUCUGUGGCCCAAGGGACAAUUCAACCAGUUCUCAGUGUAUAGAUAAUAGUACACUUAUCAAAUGCCUUGGCGAUCAAUACCUCAAAGAGCAAGGGAUUGAUGCAACUUCAUGGGGUCUGUGGCAGAACCAUGUUGCAUUGGCUUGCAUGACUGUCAUUUUCCUCACAAUUGCGUAUCUGAAGUUGGUCUUCAUGAAAAAGCUCUCUUAGACAUGUAGACAAGACUGUGAUCCAGCAAAGAAGCUUGAUCCAUAUCGGAUGCUUUGGACUAUAUUCUUCAUCAUCUCCAGUGCACAGGGCAAUGAAGACUUAUGCACAGGGAGCACCAGUUUGGCAGAAGACUGAGCUAGAAAAUGGACUACUCCAUUGUCGACCUACUCUUUUUUAUUUCUUGAUAAAACUCAUCAUGAACAUAAUGGCAUUGCCAAAAUUUGGCAUUUUUUUACAUUUUCUCAUUUGUUAUACUGACAUCCUCCAUGCAGUAAUCAGAAGGCAGAAAAUCAUAUUUGCAGUGUAUAAGUGACAUAAACUAAUCAAGACUUUGCAAGCUUCAUAAACUGAAACAAGAGAGAGUUAAAUUGAGUCCUGCUGAAAGCUAUGGGCAAAAGGGCUUAAGUCCUUCAAUUAAUGGCCCAACAGCAUCCUAUGGAGUCCCAGGAAAGGCAUUUCUCUCUCUCUUUUUUUAAAUUGGUUUCUUCUAUACAUAAUUAAAAAAUAAAGAAGCAGGGGGGGGAAUCACUCAGGGGGGGGAAUGGGGGGGAGUUGGGUAAGGUUCAGGGGGGGAUUCGUGCAGAGUAGUGUGCGGGGGGGAUGAAUGGGUAGAAGGGUUUGUGAGGUGAUUUGAUUUGUAGUGAAGUCUCUUCUCUUGAUGAUUCUUGCGGUAUGCUAUUAGUAAAGUUCAAUUUCCCUGAUUUGGGUGAGUCCUUAAGUCCCUUUCGUUGUUCACUCCUUUCUUAACCUUAUAUAUUCCUCGAAGUUUGACCAGUCAGUUUCUUUCAUUGGCUUUCCUUGUUGUUUCUUCAUUAAGAAUGUCAAUUUGUCCAUGUUUCUUAUUUCCCAUAUCUUCAAUAACCAUUGAUCUAUCGUUGGUAUUUGGUUUGAUCUCCAUACUUUUGCGAAUACAAUUCUGGCUCCUAUUACUAGAUAGUUUAAGAUCUUUUCCUCAUUUGUCUCUAACUUUGCGUUUGUCAAUCCUAGUAGGUAUAAUUCUGGUCUCAUCUGUAUGUUCUUUUUCAUUAUUUUCCCACAUUCUUUAUGUAUUUCUUUCCAGUAUUUCUUUGUUUUGGCACAUGUCCACCACAUGUGAUAGAAAUUUCCCUCCUGCUUCUGACAUUUCCAACACUUUAUUUGUAUAUCUUUCUUGUAAAGUCCUAAUUUUUUCGGGGUAAUGUACCAUCUGUACUGCAUUUUGUAUUGAUUUUCUUUUAGGUCCGAGGCAUAGGUGAAUUUUAUCUUUUUGUUCCAUAUCGUUUUCCAUUCUUCAUAUCUAAUUGGUCUCCCAAUAUCUCUAGCCCAAUGAGUCAUGCAUGCCUUUACGUGUUCUGUUUCCGUAUCCCAUUCUAAUAAUUUUUUAUAUAUUUUUGUAACCGUCUUAUUGUCAGACUCCAAAAAUUUUUCCCAUUCUGAGUCUUUCAUCAUGAAUCCGAUUUGUUUGUCCUGUUUAAAUUGCUCCUUUAUUUGUCUAUAAUGGAGCCAUGUUAAUUGUGGGAAUGCUUCCUGGAUUUCUUCUUUAGAUUUUAUACAGUAAUUGUUGUCCUGUCUUAUUAGAAAGGCAUUUCUCAGCAAGAGAGCUGCAGUGCCUCACAAUUCAACAAGUUUCAGGAUUACAUAGGAUGCAGGCAUAUAUAUAUAUGGCAUCAUAGUGCUAUAACUGUUAAAUGUAAAAGGGCCCCUGCAUGGGUCAUGAUUCCUAAAAGACUGGUCGCCUCACACUUUGAGGGAUGGUAAACACGUUGUCCCAAACGGGCUAUGCUUGGAGCAAGAAACGUGAAUGUUGAAAAACAAUUUUUGCAACAUUGUACUACUUUUAUUUUGGAAAGCACUUUUUGGCAUGUUCAGAGAAUGUGUUGCACAGAUGGGUCUACCUACACUCAUGACCUUCCACUCGUAUGUUUGGUAAAUGCACAGAGGGAGCAGGACUAAUGUAUUUCCUGGGGAUCUGUCUCCAUCACCAUGGUUUCUGCUGGCUCCUUCCCCAUGGCUCCAUGUGUUUGGCAUGAUGAUUGAAAAAAAGAGAGACUAAAGACUUACAGUGAUAUGGCCAGCUGUUAGCUCUCCUUCUAGUUCAAAAUUAUUAUGAACAUGAUGAUUUGGAUGGAUGGGGCCUUCUGAAUAUCAGUGUAAAGUCAUUUAUGGUCAGCUAACAAGGGCCCUAUCUACACUGCCAAAUAAUGCAGUUUCAAACUGAAUUAUAUGGUUAGUGUAGACUUAUAUAAUAAAGUUGAGUGCAUUAUGAGUCUACACCAGGCAUGGGCAAACUUUGGCCCUCCGAGUGUUUUGGACUUCAACUCCCACAAUUCCUAACAGCCUACCAGCUGUUAGGAAUUGUGGAAGUUGAAGUCCAAAACACCCGGAGGGCCAAAGUUUGCCCAUGCCUGAUCUACACUGACCAUAUAAUGCAGUUUAACAGCACUGAACUGCAUUAUAUGCAGUUUCAAGCUUUAUUAUAGGCAGUGUAGAUGCAACCAAGGUUAACCUAUCAGCAAACACAUAAAGAGCAAACUACAUGCAAUAUAAUAACUGAUAUUUCUAUUUCUUACACUGAACACAAGGAAGUCUGUGGGAGGGGGUGACUGCAUGAAAAGAAAGAUUGGGAGGAAUGAAUCUCUCUUGUGGCUUCACACUCCAUUGAGCUUGCCCGCAUUAUCAAAUGAAAGCUAUUAUUUCACUGCACUGUUGUAUUUAACACAAUAUCUUAUCCCUUACUUACUCCACCGUAGAAGCCAAUCAACGAAGUAGUAUUCCUCAAGGGUAAUUAGAUAUGUUUCUGUUUGUCGUAUUAUAUUCAUCACAUGAAGUGUUUAUAAAAUAUAACCCAAUAGCUGACGGAUAACUGCUUAUUAAACAUGCUUGAUGUAAAUAAUUGUCCUCUUUGAAGUACAAUCAAAUACAGAGUAUUAUUAAUUCUACAAGGUUUUUUUAUUAUUAAAGAACAAGAAAGCUUUCUUGUUAUGUUGCCUCUUCGUCCCAUUCUGAGCCAAAUAUAUAUGAUGGUUAAGAUAGGGGUUCUACCUCCACUCUCAUGUCUUGAUUUUUGUAUGUAAAAUUUAAAGUCCACUAUUGGCUAAUGGCCUUAUUUAGAAUCAGCCAAUUCAACUGGGAAGCAUUAUUUGUGGUUCUCAUCACUCUGGGGAGGUGAAAAACAAAAAUGUAAUACUGUUUUUGUGCUGUUCUGAUCUCUCGUAAUGAAUGGACUGAUCAAAUUCCGGAUUAAGUUGUUUUAUUCCGUCUUCUUAUGGAACAAUGUGGCUACAUUUGCUUUUUCCUAAAGACUGUGAGCCUGAUGGCAAGAGGAGAUGAUAUCUGUUUUUUUCCUGUUGUACAACACUUUGUUUCUGUAGCUAUUUUGAAAAUAAUAAAAUAGCAGAAUGAGUGGA